AUGACUUAUUUGGCACUUAGUCCAAGGCUUUUGCUGGUGCUGUUCACCUUUGUAGCCGUCGCGUGCUUGUCCAUCCGAAAGUUUCUCACCCAUUGCCAGACUGUCAGCGCCCAUGGCUGCAAAAAGGUGGCAAAGGCAGCGAACAAGGAUCCGUUUUGGGGAAUCGACACGAUAUUCUGGGCUAAGAACGCUUACAAGGACCAUAAAUUGCUCGACAGGAAUACCGAGCUUUUCCACACUCUCGGCAACACAUUCACCACAAGGCAGCUCCAUAAAUAUGGAAUUGGGACCAUAGAACCGGAGAACAUCAAAACGAUUUUGUCGCUUAAAUUCGAAGAUUACGGUAUCAGCUUCCGGCUUGAACCAUUCAAUGCACUUCUGGGAAAGGGCAUCUUCGACACUGAUGGCGACCACUGGGCCGCAUCGCGCGCCCUGAUUCGACCCAGCUUUACCCGUGACCAGAUAGCUGAUCUAACGUCGCUGGAGAGUUUGAUCCAGGAUCUUUUUGCACUACUUCCCCGCGAUGGAAAGACGGUCGUUGAUCUACAAGAGCUCUUCUUCCGAUAUACCAUUGAUUCAGCGACUGAGUUUCUGUUCGGAGAAUCAGUCGGCACUUUGAAGAAGGCUCAAUCGGAGCGCGACUUUGCCCACGCUUUCCAGUAUGCUCAGAGUGCCAUCAUCACGCGAGCAAUGCUGGGUCCGUUGAAAAUAUUCCACAACGAUCCGAAGGCCGACGAGUCCAAUCGUAUUUGCCGAGAGUUUGUCCAGCAGUUCGUCGAUGAAGCAUUCCGUGCGGUCGAUGUCAAGCAGGAGGAAACAGUAAAAGGGGAAACUGACUCGAAUCGCCAGAAACAUGUUUUUGCGCAAGAAUUGGCAUCGCGGACAACUGAUCGAACUCGCGUUCUAGAUGAAUUGAUGAAUGUCCUCCUAGCUGGUCGCGAUACCACUGCUAGUCUACUUGGCAAUCUGUUCUUCAUGCUUGCUAAAAAUCCAGCAAUGUGGGACAAGUUGCGCCGAGAAGUUGCUUUUCUGCAAGGUCGAACCCCAACAUAUGAGGAGCUGCGCAGCCUCAAAUAUGUCCAUUGCUGUAUGAAUGAAUCACUCCGUUUACACCCAGUUGUACCACGGAACGAGCGAGAAGCAGUGCGAGAUACUGUACUGCCACUUGGGGGAGGCGAAGAUGGUCUCUCACCUGUCUUCGUCCCCAAAGGCACGAUUGUGGGCUAUUGUGUAUACGCAAUGCAUCGGCGUGUUGAUAUCUAUGGUGCGGAUGCAGAAGAGUUCCGUCCAGAACGCUGGGAAGAUGGGAAGCUACUGCCUCGCUGGGGAUACUUACCCUUUAACGGUGGCCCACGUAUCUGUAUAGGUCAACGUUAUGCAUUGACCGAAGCUGCCUACGUUAUUGCUCGGAUGGCGCAAGAAUUUCAAACCUUGGAAAGUCGGGAUCCAGGGCCAUGGGAAGAAUCUGUGGCCUUGACUUUGUGCUCGAGGAAUGGGGCAAAGGUAGCUCUCACACCUGCUUGA